GGCGGCUCAGCGCUCGCACUCCGCCUCUGCCGCCCGACCGCGCCUUCGCCUCGUCCCCCGUCCUGCCGCAGCCCAGGGGCCCCUUGCCGCCGCCGCCAUGGACGCCAUCAAGAAGAAGAUGCAGAUGCUGAAGCUCGACAAGGAGAACGCCUUGGAUCGAGCCGAGCAGGCGGAGGCGGAUAAGAAGGCCGCUGAAGACCGGAGCAAGCAGCUGGAGGACGACAUCGCAGCCAAGGAGAAGCUGCUGCGGGUGUCGGAGGACGAGCGGGACCGGGUGCUGGAAGAGCUGCACAAGGCGGAGGACAGCCUCCUGGCCGCCGACGAGGCCGCCGCCAAGGCUGAAGCCGAUGUAGCGUCUCUGAACAGACGCAUCCAGCUGGUUGAGGAAGAGUUGGAUCGUGCCCAGGAGCGUCUGGCCACAGCUUUGCAGAAGCUGGAGGAGGCCGAGAAGGCAGCAGACGAGAGUGAGAGAGGCAUGAAAGUCAUUGAGAGUCGAGCCCAAAAGGAUGAGGAAAAAAUGGAAAUUCAGGAGAUCCAACUCAAAGAGGCCAAGCACAUUGCUGAAGAUGCAGACCGCAAGUACGAGGAGGUGGCCCGUAAGCUGGUCAUCAUUGAGAGUGACCUUGAACGUGCAGAGGAGAGGGCUGAGCUCUCAGAAGGCCAAGUUCGACAGCUGGAAGAACAAUUAAGAAUAAUGGAUCAGACCUUGAAAGCAUUAAUGGCUGCAGAGGAUAAGUACUCGCAGAAGGAGGACAAGUAUGAGGAAGAGAUCAAGGUCCUUUCUGACAAGCUGAAGGAGGCUGAGACACGGGCCGAGUUUGCAGAGAGGUCAGUAACUAAAUUGGAGAAAAGCAUUGAUGACUUAGAAGAUCAACUCUACCAGCAACUUGAGCAAAACCGCCGUCUAACUAAUGAACUAAAGCUGGCCUUGAAUGAGGAUUAAGCUUAAGGGUGAAAGAACUUGGUCUGAAUUCUAGGAAUGAAGCCCACAUGCAGGAAAUCUAAGACCACCUUACCUUCACCUCAUAGGGCAGAGAGCAGUGGCUUUCUGCAGCAGUGUAAAUGAGAGGAAUCGGCCAAAGGCUGGCCUUGCCUACAUAUCCCUCCUUACACCUGGAAUAAUUAAGUGCUCUCUAAUCCCCAAACAGCUUUAUGCUAAAAUGCUUAUAGUAUAUACACGGUUAAAUGUUUAUAACAUUCAGUUCAGCACUCCGCUUUGCAAAAGCAGGUCCUCUUGUUUGAACUGAUCCAUAGUGAGGACCAUGAAAAAUGUAUUCCAUUUCCCAGAGAACUGUGAGUCCUGCUUUGAGUAGAAAGCCAAAGCUGAGGGGGUGUGUGUAUAUAUCUAUUCAUAUUCCAUAUUCAUAUCUUCUCAAAGUGUGGUAUACUGUUUGAAGUAUGAUUAAAUGUACCUAUGCUUGGGCAGAUAGCUUUUGAAAACAGGAGCUCAUGUCAGAAGUCCUGGUUGUCUGAAAGGUAUGCAUUGUUCAGUCUGACGGUGGUAUGGAAUAUUGUUGAAAUGUCAUGCUGAAAAUACAUAGAACACUAUAAGAAUAUUCAGAGAAUGUCCUAAUGAAAUGUGCAUGAAACAUGUUCAUAAUCAAUUCUUUUUUUGAAUGAGCAACAAAAAUAAAUCAUUUGAAAAGUUGUCAGAAACCCUCUUCACAUCACCCUUGUUUUCUGUGAGGUUGUGUUCCAGCACAACGCCUGGAACCUGUAACUGUCUGUAACUCAGCUGUCUGCUGUUGCUAAUGUGCCCGUUUGUAUAACGGUGCUUGGAGCUGUAUUGUCGCCUUUCCCAGUUCCCAUGGCACCCAGUCAGUGAGCCUGCACCGAGCGCCGCCUGCAUUUAUUAAUUCGCAGAGUGGGUUGCUGGUGAGGCUGCACCUGACGGCCCUGUGAGACCCUGCCGUGCCCGUGGUCUCCUCUGGGUCAGAGGCACUGCCCCUUCCUAGGUCCUUGUCUGCAAAUGAUUCGUGUCUUGUGAGCAUGCUUAGUCCCAUGGUCUCAUGCUGUGUUUGCAAUUGAUAGUUGCCUGCCUAGUGUGCAGACCACCAUCGUGUCCAAGUGCAGCUAUUCAUGACUGAAUUUUCUAAUCC